AUGGGAGAGAUUCCUUGUGACAGGUCCAGUGGGCUGCUUGUUGUUAUUAAAGGCGGUGUUAGGCACGCGACUCUGUCUUGGGGCCCAGGACAGGGGACAGAUUGUUACAACAGCUAUGAACUUGUGUUCCUGUCAUCCUGGCCCCAGAGAGGUGGGGAAGAACGAGUGCUUGAGAAGGAAGAGGAGGAGGAGGAGGAAGAGGAGGAGGAGGAAGAUGACGUAUCUGAGGGCUCUGAGGUGCCCGAGGGUGACCGUCCUGCGGGUGCCCAGCAUCACCAGCUCAAUGGCGAACGAGGCCCUCAGAGUGCCAAAGAGAGGGUUAAGGAGUGGACACCCUGUGGGCCCCACCAGGGCCAAGAUGAAGGGCGGGGGUCAGCACCAGGCAGCGGCACCCGACAGGCCUUCUCUGUGGCAGCCAUGAAUAAGGAAGGGGGUUCAGCCUCUGCCACCACUGGGCCAGACUCUCCAUCCCCCGUGCCUUUGCCCCCAGGAAAGCCAGCCCUACCUGGGACUGACGGGACCCCCUUUGGUUGUCCCUCCGGGCGCAAGGAGAAGCCCACUGACCCGGUAGAAUGGACCGUGAUGGAUGUGGUGGAGUAUUUCACUGAAGCUGGCUUCCCAGAACAGGCCACAGCUUUUCAAGAGCAGGAAAUCGACGGCAAAUCUCUGCUGCUCAUGCAGCGCACGGACGUGCUCACCGGCCUAUCCAUCCGCCUUGGCCCUGCCCUGAAAAUCUAUGAGCACCACAUCAAGGUGCUGCAGCAAGGCCACUUUGAAGAUGACGACCCCGAUGGCUUUCUAGGCUGAGCGCCCAGCCUUGCCCUGCCCCUGACCCAUUCCAGCCCCUCCCACCCCAAGCCCUCCUGGAGUCCAGGAGUUUCUGGAUGGGGACUCCCUACUCAUCUAUCUUCCUGUGCCCCCAUCCUCCCACCCAUACCCCCACAUCUGCCCCAGCACAUCUCGGACUCAGUUUGGGUAUGAGGUGGGGUCAGGGCCUGCCCAGUUAGUUCAUCCUGAGAGGCCAGCCCCACCCCCAACCCAGGACAUUUAUGAGGAAAGAAGAAGUGGGGUCUUCCUAUCUCCCCAAGAUCCUAUUCCGUUCAGCCAGAUGUUUCCUAAAUAAAUAUUUUCUUCUGCCUGUUCAUUGUGGUGGGUGGGUGACCUUUCCUCCCUCCCCCACCACCCCUGCCCCUCCCCAGUCUCCUGGCCUCUAGGCUCUUGUGAGCAGCUGGGGUGGGGUCUUGGGUCUUCCCCACCCCCAACCCUCUGUCGGUUGUCCGCUCCAGGUUGCUGUCUUGCUUUUUAAUAUUGCACCGAAGGUUUUUUAAAUAAAAUUUUAAAGGAAAAGAAAACAA